CAAACGAAACAAGGUUACUUCCCCUGUUAUGAGGAGACAAAGUUGAAAUCUCGAUCACAAUGCGGAAAAGACACCCCGGUCACAUCAAACAUGCAUCAAACGAAAAGUUCCAAGAUACACACAGCAUUGCCAGAGGAUUCCUUUGGCAGUUAUGGGAAGAUUUCUUAAUUCUUGAUGAAGAAAUGACGGCAUCCAUGAGUGUAUGUGCCCACAAGGAUUCAGCGUGUGCAAGUCUUCGGCCACUCAUGAAACUCAUCGAAAUCAGCUUUCAUGGGGUUAUUUGGCUUGCUGGAACCGUGACUGCUUUUUUGAUCUCGCACAGAGUUCAAGACAUUGAAGUAAUCGUUAAUUUAUUAUUUGCACUACUGUUCGACUUAAUUAUUGUUGGUUUGACAAAAAUGAUUUUUCGUCGUUCUCGACCUCUGCAGAACAGGAUGGACAUGUUUGCAACAGUUUCAGUGGACAAGUUUUCUUUUCCUUCUGGUCACGCCACACGUGCUGCACUAGUUGCCAUGUUCUUUACAAGAAACAUUGUUUCUUUGCCAUAUGUGCCAUUUAUUAUAUUAUUUUGCACAUGUGUUGGAGUUUCUCGAAUUUUGCUUGGUCGGCAUCAUAUCAUUGACGUUCUCCUUGGAUAUGUUAUUGGAGUGCUUGAGUAUGUGAUAUACUCACAUUUUUGGUUAUCUGGACUUGUCCUGGAAGAAUGGCUUGAUGACUACUUUGGACAUGUACAUCUGUGAGAAGAUAAUCAUGUGAUAGCAACCAGUUUAUUAUUGCAGCAAGUUUUAUGUAAUUGCCAAUUUUUGUACAUAAUUGCUAUAUAGUAAAUUUUGACAGUUGUGGCAAAUAAAGGACCAUAGCUGUAAGAAUGUAAAUGAUAAUGUGAGUUGUACAUUCUGUCUUCAGAUUUCCAUGCCUCCUAACAAAAAUCACCAUUGCAAUAUUUCAAAAUGUUUUGGAAGUGUGAAAAGGUUUUCUAAAAUAACACACAGUUUAUUAUCUCAUGUAAUGCAUCUUUAUUAGAGGAUGGUUGUUUUGAGCAGCAAGGGUUUGUUAAUCCAUUGCUUGGUAACAUCCAUCCACAUUUUGUGCGAUAUCUGCCAAGGGAAACCAAAGCAUGCAAGUUCCUUCUCUUCGAUGGAGACCUGAUGUAUGGCAUAAACCUUUCGACUUUCCAUCUCUUCGCAUAAAGGACUAAUUUGUAGUAUCAUUGCUUUAUCACAAUGACAUAUUGAAUAUAUAAGACAUGCACAUAACCCAUUUGCAUUUGGCCAGUGCAAAGAAUGAUGAGCUCAAGCAAAUGGUUAAUGGCUGAAUAUUUCAGAUGUUAAUUCUUGAACACCUUAGUCUGCCACAUCUAUUUGACACAGAAAUCACAUUUGUCUUUAGAACAUCAUGCUUAAAAAUGCAUUUUAAUUCCUUUUCUUGAUUAUAUGAGAACUUACUUUACAUAUUACGUUUCUUUCAAAAGCACACAGGAACCAACCUAGAAAAACUCGAUAGAAGUUUUCUAAUGAUGAGUGCCACAAGUUCAAGGUCUGCCUACUGAGCAAGGGAACUAAUGGCAUGUGUUUCCCCCCCACUUCUUUAUUUAAUACUUUUGUGUUCCGUCCAAUAAGUAUUAGAAGUACAUGUAUGCAUGCACUAAAAUCAUCCUCCAUCAGUAUGACAACAUUCCCUUGUGUAUGAAAUGUUUAAAGAAUUUUUGAUUGGAAAGAAAUCACUGUACACAUGAAACUGAAUAUCUACAAGUUUUUUGUUAAAUUCAGAUAUCUGUAGUCUGUGGAAUCAAUGUAACAGAAAUGAAAUAAAUGGCAGUCAUUUUAGCCUCUAUAGGUUUUAUGAUACAGGCUUUUACUAAUAAACUAUUUGAAAAUUG